AUGCAAGCUCUUCCAUCACCACCACCACCGUCUCUACAACAUCAACUGCAGCCUCUGCCUGAAAAGGAAACCACCACUGCCAUCUCUCUCAACCAAAUUAUUGUAUCAAAGCAAGCAGGAAGGCACCAACAAAGCUCACCACGAGAGGUACUGCCAUAUUCUGAGACCAAGUUAGUACCAUUUGCCCAGACAAGGUUAUUAGCACCAAAGCAGCCAAUACUCCAACCUCGACGAACCAACCCACUCAUAUGGUUUGGAGCCAUCUUAUGCCUCAUCUUCAGCCUUCUUCUCAUCUUCUUUGGAAUUGCAACCUUGAUCCUCUACCUUGUUGUCAAACCAAAACACCCGGUUUUCGAUGUUCCUAAUGCGAGCCUCAAUGGCAUAUACUUCGACUCCCCCGAAUUCUUCAACGGAGAUUUAACUUUUCUUGCAAACUUCUCCAAUCCUAAUCAUAAACUGGACGUGAGAUUCGAGCAUGUUGAUAUCGAGGUCUACUUCUCCAACAGACUCAUAGGGACUCAAGCUCUCCAGCCUUUCACUCAGAGGCCAAGGGAGAUAAGGCUGCAAGCAGUUCGAGUCAUAUCGAGUCUUGUCUAUUUGCCUCAGAAUUCCGCAGUGGAGCUUCAAAAGCAAGUACUGAGCAACAAGGUGAACUACAACAUACGAGCUACUUUCAAGCUGAAGGCGAUUCUGGGUCUCUUCCAUUAUAACUACUGGCUUCAUGGUAGGUGUGAGAUGGCCAUCAGUGGUCCUCCAACGGGUGUUCUGGUUGCUCGGAGCUGCAACACAAAUAGAUGA